AUGCCCCGUCCUUUGCGCGAUAACAACGGCAACAAGGAAAGCGAAGAAGAGGAAGUAAUUCAGUCAGAUGGACUUACUCCUGCUCAGCUCGAAGAAGCAGCUCUCCUCAGUUCCCAAGCUGGUUCAGCCGGUCCUUCUGAACAGUUUGCAAGGCGAGCUAGUAUCAGAGAAGCGUACCAGGAUAUUUGCAGUCAGUUUAAAGGAGAUUCUUUGACGGAUGUGAAGGAGGAUGCUGAGUUGAUUGAAAAUCUUGGCAAGUCAUUUGUGAAUGUGGAUCAGUCAUAUAAGAAUGUGGGCGCUGGAGGCAAGGAACUUGCCGCAGAUGCUGAAACAUUGCUGUCCAUGGCCAAAGUUCUUUUGUCGCAAAUGCAAUCUUUUCAAAGCUCGAACGCGGAAAGGACCGUUACCGCAGCGAAUUUUGCGGAUGCUUUGGUUCGUGAUCAUUGCUACCUUCACAUCCUAAAGUUUUCGGUAAUAACCGUUUAG